UAGGCGUCUCCAUCAGCUGGUUCCUGUUUAACACUUUGCUGCAAAUUAUGCUCGCAUAAAGAUGGUUUCUAGUUUUUUAAGAAGGGAAUAGUUAUCAUUUUUUUCCGUGAGAUAUCAAGUUUGAUCGUUUCCUUCCGUCUUGAUGAUGGCGGACGAAUCGUUCACUGAUGGCAGAGCAUCGGAAGAACCAUACACAAGGGUACGGACCCUGGGACGUGGGGCGUUCGGCGAGGCAGUUUUGUAUCGCAAAACAGAGGACAAUGUACUUGUUGUCGUAAAGGAAGUGAACUUGAGCCGGGCAACUGACAAGGAGAGAGUAGAUGCAGAGAAAGAAGUGGAAAUUCUGUCCUUGCUAAAUCACACCAAUAUUGUAACAUAUUUUAAUCAUUAUAUCGAUGGUACAUCACUGCUCAUCGAGAUGGAAUAUUGUAAUGGUGGAACUCUGAAUGACAAGAUAUGUAGUCAAAAAGAAUUAUUUGCUGAAGAGAUUGUGAUCUGGUAUUUCUUUCAAAUUUGUUCUGGAAUGAGUCAUAUUCAUGACUGUGGUGUUGUUCACAGAGAUAUCAAGACCUUGAACAUCUUCCUGACUAAAUCUGGACUAGUUAAACUUGGAGACUUUGGCAUAGCAACUGUAUUAAAAAGCUCUAAAGAAUACAUGGCAGAAUCUGUUGUUGGAACACCAUAUUACAUGUCACCAGAGAUCGUCCAGGGACAAAAGUAUAACCAAAAGAGUGACAUGUGGGCUUUGGGUUGUGUCUUGUAUGAGAUGCUCACUUUGAAAAAAGUGUUUGAUGCAACUAAUCCUCUUAGAUUAGUGUCUGAAAUAGUGAAGGGGAAAUAUGAAGAUAUUGAUCCACAGUACACUCAAGACAUGAAUGGCCUAGUUAAAGUCCUGCUGUCACAUAGCCCGGAAGACAGGCCAACAAUCAGUGGAGUUCUUGCUAUGCCUUUGUUGAGUAAUUUAGGAAGAGAGAUGGAAAAAAAAGUUUGGGAACUAAAUUCUUCAACCAGGAGGGCCAGGCUAGUCAGUGGAACAACUGAAGUUGUACCUGUGAUUACAGCCAAAACCAAAUGCUCAUGGCGGUAAAAAGAUGGUGGGACAGUUAGGACAUGGAGAUACCGCUUCAUAUCGCAUUCCAAAACCAGUUGAAGCUUUGCAUGGAAUUCCCAUCAAACAAGUGGGCUGUGGAGAUGAAUUUACCGCAUGCGUCACAGAGGAAGGUACUUUGUACACUUUUGGGUCCGACUACUGGGGCUGCAUCGGUUGCAACAACGAGUUGGACGAAGAAGUCGUUACGCCGUACAAAGUGGAAUUCUUUGCUGACAAUCCUGUGUCACAAAUAUCGUGUGGAGAGUGCCAUGUUGUAGUUGUUACGGUUUCAAAAGAAGUUUAUUCGUGGGGCUGUGGCGAGUACGGUCGUUUGGGCCAUGGUGACGAAGACGAUUGUGCGGCCCCUCAAAAGGUGGCCGUACCAUCGCAGUGUACGGUUGUGUCAGUUUGCUGUGGCUCAGAUUUCACGUUCUUGCAGACCUCAACUGGACGACUGUUGGGUUUUGGUAACAAUGAGGAAAAUCAGCUAGGACUUGAUACACCACAAUCACUCAGGAAAAGACAAACUAAGUCGGCCACAGGUCACUUGCCAUACGUCACGCGUCCUAAACCUGUUAUGCCUCUUAACAAGUACAGUAUAACUUCUGUUUCAGCCGGGAGAUCACACUCAGCUGUCAUAGACGCCUACGGCCGGCUGGUAACAGUGGGGUCCAACCGGUUCGGGCAGUUAGGAGUGGGGGAUUUCAAGCCCCGCGCGGGGCCUUCUAUCAUUAGAGGGGAAAUGGUCGGUAAAAGGGUUGUACAUGCUGCGUGUGGAGAUGACUUCACAGUGGUGGCAACCGCAGACAAUCAGAUCUACUCGUGGGGUAGGGGUGACAAUGGUCGACUUGGUGUAUUGACUGACAGUCUCGCACGCGCCAAGGGUGGAAUCCCGUGUACAGCUGUCCCGAGGCCGAUCUUUGGCGCCCUACACGUGAUGUCCUGCGUGGCGUGCAGACACUGGAAUUCUCUCAUCGUUGCAGAACGUGUCCUCAGUUCGCGGACUGUCAAACGUGGAGGGUCUCAAGGGCGAUCUCUAGAGUCCCAGUCGUCGGGUGACAACGGCGGAGAUUCAGUCUUUUCGGAGCAGAUGGGAUUAGUCAUCAAUCAUGACAGUGGCGCCAACCACCCGAAUGUCCACUUCAGCGAGACUAAGGACUCAGGUGUGGGCCGCUCGCCUCGAGACCCUGGACCCGGCGUAAGGAGUGUGGGAGAGAGCAGUGUGCCACCAGCCUGGCUCCAGGAUGAACUUGACCAGGCGGAGUACAUUUCCAUCGGCUCAAGCAACUCACACAGCUCGAGCAGGAGCCCGUCCCAGGCAAACGCAUCCAGUAGUGGACGUAGUUUGUCCAAUUCCGAGAGCAGUGUCCCAGCCUGGCUCAGAAAUGAACUCCGUGAAGCUGAGUAUAUUCCCAGACAUGGCCCGUCGCCAACCCCUUCUCCAAACAAAUAUGAAAUAUCAAUGACUUCAGUAGAGAUUCAGUGUGAUCUCCUGCCAGGCGAUGUUCAAGAAAUGGCAGCUCGGCUUUUAACACUUGAGCAGGAGAAUUCAAAGCUUAGAGAAACUUUAGCUCAGCAAAGUGCCAAAAUGAGGAUUCUAAAGCAAGAGAAUGCUACUUUCGUCACAAACCAGAAGAGGUUCUGGGAAUUAAUUGAUUCGUGGCACAAAGAUUGUCAACAGGACUCUCCUCUGACUGCCGCUAAUAAAACGGAUAAGCGCAGUAGCGGUCCAGCUCACAACUUUACCGACUCCUCUGAUGAAACUUGGGAUGUAUGAUAUGCCAGUGGAUAUAGUGCGUAUUUCCCUCGGACUCCAGAAAAGGGGUUUGUGACUCCUGAAGCUGGUUAAGUGCUAGACUUCCUACAUAGACUGAGUUUAUUAGUAGCGAGCACGGUAUUCCAAACCCUGACAGCAUAGGUAGUGAUAUUUUCAAUAUGAUAAUUUUCUGUCUUACUCGAUGCUGGGGCAAAUUUAUUUCCUCAGUCAGAUUAGUUGAGAUUGCGCAUAUUGAUUAAGGCUGUGUGAACCCGAGUCUCAAUGGCUGUGCAUUGGUAGGGAAAGUUAUUCUGUAGCUCUCUGUCACACGAGGUUAGAAGGUCACGACCUCCCAGUGUAACCGUUUGCUUAAUAUUUUUUUGUGCCGUUGCACGUCUUCGCCAAGUUUCCAUAGUUCUUGCAUUAACUUGUCACACUUUCGUAGUGGUAGCAAGAUAUGUGCUAAUCAGUCAUGCAAUCACGUGACUAAGCUAUAUGCCCACAAGAAGUGAAUUUAGGGUGGCACACAAAUGGCAAGGUCUUAUUUUAGCUAUUUGAGAGAUAACUUGCUCGAAGUUGAAAACUAGCCUUAUCAAUCAAUCCAAAAAUACUAGGAACGUGAGAGCGCGUGACUGAUCGAGUAUGGGUAGAAGUACAAUUGACAUCUUUAAGGAAACUUUCUGACUCUCAGUGAUGUAGUUUGCGAUCAGACCCUCAUCACUAGCUAGAAUUGCGAGGCGAGUGAUUUUCUGUCCGCGAGAAGAUUGGAGACGAGUCUGGUAAAGGCCUGCGGAGGGUCUGGCACUCAAUAUCAGUGUUAGACUUCUUGCAGAACUUCCACUGGCUAGUGUUCCUUAAGGCCUCAAACUUAGUCGCGGGUGAAGAAACGUUCGCACCGAAGUCCGAUGAUAAGCAUUUGCUCUUAGGCUGUCAGUGAUGUGGUCAUGCAUUCAAAACAAGAUUUUGGUUGCAACGAACAGUCUAUUUGAAUUUAUUUAAGUUACUGGAAUGUCUCUUGGAAAUUGAGACAAACGCAUCGGCGUUUUAUUUAUCGUAUUAUAUAUUUAAGAAUGAACUUUAGGUUGUACAAUUCUCUUCAGUAAUAUAUUUUUGGGAGAAACGAAAACGUUAAUCAAGAGGGAAAGGUGUUUAUUUUAUUGUAGAACGCGGAAGUAAAUUUUAUUUGUUCGAGAAUGAAUGAAUACUAAACAUGUAUAAAUAUCAUAAACAACUGUACGAGUGGAAACAAUAACCACUUUAUUUAUCUUAAAAUGGCUGUCCCUAGAGCACGUGUUGAUAGUCGACUAUAGAUUGCAUUUGAAAACACAUUACUUGACGGGGGAAUUCCGCGUCAAAUCAGUUUUCAGGUGCAAUUUAACGCGGAAUUCCCUCGUCAGGUAAUUGAUUUCCCUUGAAUCGCAUAAUUUGAGAAAAAUAAGAAAAAAAGAAAACAGCAAUGAUAUAGUUUGUUUUAUCCCGAGCGCAAAACAAGAGAUACGAAACAAUCUCUCUUAGCCUAGUUUUCACCGCGCAGAUCCACGCUAAAUAUCUCGCUUCGUUAACUAAUGAGAAUGCAAGAUUUUAUUCAAGUAUGCGAUUCUAAUAUUUAUUCAUAAUUAGUCAAUCUGUAAAAUGGGUCAAACCUCGUUGUAGAUUUAUUUAUUCGACAGAAUGAUUAAGAAUAAAUUGAAUUAAAUUGUC